AGGAGAGGAGAGUGGAAAGUGGGAGAAGCGAUGCGCUCUCGCGUGCUCCGCUCGUGCGUCCGCUCGCUUACAACAGUUACUCGGCCGGUUGAGGACGACAACUCGCUCAUCGCGAAGAAGCUCCCUUUCGACGGCCGUGUACGAAUCGGCUCGCACGCGGAAACGGGCGUAUAAAUGCAUCUCUCCUGAUAACCGGGCGGGCGCAGCCGACCGUAAGAAGAUGUCGAGCGAGAAUGACAGCGAGAUGGAUUGCUCGGAUUCCGACUGCGGUGAUACGGGCUACGAGGACUACUACAGCAUCCAGCCGUGGGGUGGCGACGUGGACAACGACGUGGACCCCGAGCAGAACAGGAGAGAUCCAGAGUACGCGGUGUACGACUGUUUGCGAGUCGAAGAGGUGGAACGGCUUCUGAACGAAAGCGUAGAGCUGUUAAGUAAUAGCCUUCACGUCACGCCAUCCUUAGCCAAAGUGUUGCUGCACGCACACAACUGGGCGUCACAGGACAUCGUCACAAAGUACCGUACCAAUGCUUCCAGUUUAUUGAUUAAUUCAAAGAUCAAGCCUACCCCGGAACAAGUGCCAGGAACGAAGAGCCAGCGGGGCGGCGUGUGUUUGGUUUGCGUUAUGAUUUGCCCAGCAGACAAAUUUUCUACGCUAACGUGUGGACACUCGUUUUGCAAAGACUGUUGGUGUAUGCAUUUUGAAGUACAAAUAACUCAAGGUAUAUCUACCGGUAUAAGCUGCAUGGCACAAGAUUGCGAUGUCCUAGCUCCAGAGGACUUUGUCCUUUCCCUACUUACUAAGCCUAACAUGAGAGAAAGGUAUCAGCAGUUUGCUUUCUGUGAUUACGUCAAGUCUCAUCCACAACUACGAUUUUGUCCCGGUCCAAAUUGCCAAAUAGUUUUGCGCUCGAAGGAACAGCGAGCAAAGAGAGUCAUGUGUUCAUCGUGUAAAACUAUAUUCUGCUUCCGAUGUGGUAUGGAUUAUCAUGCACCUACCGAUUGCAGUACAAUUAAAAAAUGGCUGACGAAAUGCGCGGAUGAUUCCGAGACGGCGAAUUACAUUAGUGCUCAUACCAAAGAUUGUCCAAAAUGUCAUAUCUGCAUAGAGAAGAAUGGUGGCUGCAAUCACAUGCAAUGCUACAAUUGUAAGCACGACUUCUGCUGGAUGUGCCUUGGGGAUUGGAAAGCACAUGGUAGUGAGUAUUACGAGUGUUCUCGUUACAAAGAAAAUCCAAACAUCGCGCACGAGAGUGUUCACGCGCAAGCUAGAGAAGCACUGAAGAAGUAUCUCCACUACUAUGAGCGCUGGGAGAAUCAUAGCAAGUCGUUGAAAUUGGAGGAGCAAACGUUAGAAGGAAUUAAGAUGAGAAUUAACAAUAAGGUGAUGAACGCAAGUGGCACGUGGAUAGAUUGGCAACAUUUGUUUGAGGCGGCGUCGCUUUUAGCUCGCUGCCGUUAUACCUUACAGUACACGUAUCCGUACGCCUAUUACAUGGAAUCUGGCCCGCGCAAGGAACUGUUCGAGUAUCAACAAGCUCAAUUAGAGGCGGAAAUAGAGAACCUUUCGUGGAAGAUCGAACGAGCGGAAACCACAGAUCGGGGUGACCUAGAGAAUCAAAUGGAUAUUGCAGAGAAGCGUCGCGUUACUUUAUUAAAGGAUUUCCUCGAGAUACGUUUACGCCCAAUGACCGACUACAAAAAAGAGGAAGAAGGAAACGGUAGCCUAACUUAAGUACUCCGGUGCCAAGAGAUGACGGUACCACCCCGCCGUGUAUAUAUAUUAAGCAGAAUUAAACGUGUACGUCGAGCGAUAGAAAAAGGGAGAUACGACGCGUUUUCUAUUAAAUUAGAUUUUAAAGAAUACAUGCAACGAUCAAAGAUAUCCGCGAUACACACCUAGCCGUAACUGAACUUACAUAUUUUCUAAGCUAUUUAAAAGAAACAAAAAGCAAGAAUUCACCAUAUUAUUACGACUUUUACUUUGCGCUUUACAGAGCGCAAGGAGGGACGUAAAUAUACCCAGAAACCCAAAUUUCUAAGUUUUUUGAAAUAUGAUGUAAUAACUGUAACGUGUCUCGAAUAAAGAGGAAUAAAAUCCUUCACCGUAAAAUUAGGAUAAUGUAACGAUAGGAUGAUAAUUGUUUUCGGAAGAUUGCAAAAAGAAGAGUCGAGCGCGAGAGAUAAGUCUCUUGAUUUGUCCCUCCUUGUAUGUAGAACUUCUCAAAUGUGCAAUGUGGGAAGUAAUCACUACCGCAUAUGAAUAUUAAAGUAUUUGUAUAAAUUAAUACUAAUAAUAAUAAUUAUAUAUACAUACAUGUAUAAAUAUAAAUUCAAAUGACGCAGCAUUCUUUUUGUGUUUUCUCAAUUCAAAAUUUUAUUGUAUUUGUUGCGUUUUUAUUAGGAGAAUAACUUUGAUUGCGCACCAGAAAUGGCCAAAUCCUACUGAAUAAAGAGUACGUUAGCAUAUAUAUUUAUGUUCAGCCCGUCUCUAACGAAAAACAUCUCGGCUGUGUAAAAGUUUUUUUGCUGAAGGAGAAAUUAUUUAAUUACCAUAUAUGUAAAAAUAUUCUCCGAUAUUUCGUGCGAUAAAAAGAUAUCAAUAUCAAAUGGGAAUUAAAUCCCCUGUCUUGAGAUCAGAGAAGAUUGAAACUUUUUGGUGUAAGAGGCAAGUUGACAGGGCCUUCCAUUUAUGUAUUUGUGGCAAAAAAAGAAACAAUAAGGAAGUCACUGCAAAUUAUCUUUUUUUCAACAUGGAUAUUUUUUCCAAAGCUUCAUAUGAACUAAACGAAUGUUAUAAUGUGAAAAAAAAGAAAAAUUUGUUUCUAGAAGAGCCAGCUAAAUUCUUGAACGUUUAAAAAUUUUGAAUGUAUUUUAGUUUAAGAGAAUAAAUCUAAGUGUCGUAAUAGUUAAAA